AUGCAUAUUCCUUGCUUCCUCCUGCUGCUGCUGCUCACUGGCGUCCUUAACAGCAGCAGCAACAGCAGCAGCAGCAACAGCAGCAGCAGCAGCAGCAGCAGCAGCUUUCCUGCAGCAGCAGCAGCUGCACUUCGCCUCAAUAGACCCCCUUCUGCUGCGUUUCAAAGCAACACAACACACAGGGGGCCCCCAGGGGGCCCCCCUCUGCUGCUAAGUUACAGCAGCAAGACGAUAGCAGCAGCACCAACAGCUCUUCUCUCCUUUCUCUAUUCAGCUUCUCCUCCUUGCAUGCGGUGGGGCUGUUUGCAGCAGCAACAGCAGCAGCAGCAACAGCAGCAGCAGCAGCAGCAGCAGCAACAGCAGCAGCAGCAGCAAGACACCAGCAGCAAACAGAUGCAGCAACCUGCAGCAGCACGGAAAGUGGAAAAAAGAGGUACAGCUGCAGCAGCAGCAGAAGCAGCAGCAGCAGAAGCAGCAGCAGCAGAUGCAGCGGCAGCAGAAGCAGCAGCACGAGCAGCAGCAGCAGAAGCAGCAGCAGCAGCAGCAACAGCUGCUGCCUCAGACUUGCUGCAGGCUCUGUGA